AUGGCACUGAGAAAUUCGUCAAUGGUUUACAAACUACCGUAUAAAACACGAAUCAUUAUCGAUAUACGCGACGUUAGGAUCUAUAUUUGUCUCUGCAUUUAUCAGUUUUUGGCAGUACAGAGUAUUACACUAGGUUUCGUCGGAUUCGACUGUUUAUUCACCAAUCUUUCAUGUCAUAUUACCGCACAAUUUGGAAUUCUCAGUUACACUAUUAAAGAAAUUUUCGACGACUCUAAUGGUUUUCAACAUAAUAUAAGGGAACUUGUACUUCGACAUUAUAAAUUAAUAAGACAAGCAAAAGCUUUGGAAGACAAUUUUAAUAUAAUAAUAUUACAACAAUUAAUGGGAAGUACGUUCCAACUUUGUUCAUCUGGUUACAAUACAUCUCUGGGCUCAGUAAAGAAAGAUAUAGCAACAUUGAUAAUAUUCUAUUCAUAUGCUUGUAGUGUUAUGAGUACAUUGUUCACUUAUUGUUACAUCGGGGAGUGUCUUAUUCAGGAAGUAAUUAAAAUUAAUUGA